UAAUACUGAACGACCAGGGACGCGGACUGUAGGAGCUGCUGUUUUUCCUCGAUCAUACACGCCGCUAAGUACUCGAAUACACCAGAAAAUGGGGAGAUAGUAUAUUUUAUAGUUAAUCAAGUUUUUCAGCGUAGUAGCUACCUUUUUAAGAUUGCGUUGAACAGACACGACACCAGCAGUUGCCACCAGCAUGGCAAACAAUGCCAACGCACCUGGGAAGGUCCUGGGAACUCCUGGACCCGCUGGAAGACUUAGUCCGGAGGGAAGUCAGGUCCUGAGUAAGAAGAAGCUUCAGGAUCUGGUCCGGGAAAUUGACCCAAAUGAGCAGCUUGAUGAGGAUGUGGAGGAGAUGUUGCUGCAGAUCGCUGACGACUUCAUUGAGAGCGUGGUGACUGCUGCCUGUCAGUUGGCUCGCCAUAGGAAGUCCAGCACCCUGGAAGUGAAGGACGUCCAGCUACACCUUGAACGCCAGUGGAACAUGUGGAUCCCAGGCUUUGGCUCCGAUGAGAUCCGCCCGUAUAAGAAGGCUUGCACCACAGAAGCCCACAAACAGAGAAUGGCACUGAUCCGCAAAACGACCAAAAAGUAGCAAGACCCAGCGCCCGUAUGACAAAAUCCUUUUUUCAAACGUUUCUGCUUUCUCUUGGGGUAUCGUAGGGUUUGGAUUGACAAAACUAUUGGGUUAAGGGU